UCUAGUAGACAGUCAAAAAAAAAAAAAGAGAGAAAAUAAAAAAAUAUUUUUAUGGAAUGACAAGGCGACGUGUAAGUUUACAUUUUGUUAUAAAAAAAAUGAUAAAAUAGCUCCAAUCAUCAAUAAAAAAACAUAAAUAUUAAAGGAAAAAAUAAAUUUCAAAUACAACAAGACAAUACAACAACUUGAAAUCAUAAUAAGAGCACAAAAAUGAACUAUAACAAUUCAGGUGCUCGUAGAGGCAAGCCCAAAAGGAUACUAGAUCCUUCAGCAAACUUGGCUCCAACAGCUUCAUCAACACCACAAAGUCCUUACAUGUACAACCAACAGAUGCCUAUGAACAAUAUUCCACAACAACAAGAAUAUGGCUUCAAUAUGCCAGAUCCAUCAACACAAGCAUAUGGUUUUAAUCCAUCAACAAUACCACAACAAAUGCCAAUGCCAAUGCCAAUGCAACAACCAUCAAUGCAAUAUAAUCAAAAUGAACCACCAAGAAUUGAUACAUUUGUACCAACUCAAUUUCCAACUCAAUUACUUGCCGAGCCAAUUGUCACAAAUAUGGCAUUAAAAUAUGGUGAUGCACUUGUUGACACUGGUAAACAACAUCUUGAAAAAUAUGUACCAGUUACAGCAAUUAAAUAUUAUUUUGCUGUUGAUACUGAUUAUGUUUUUCUUAAACUUGCAUUAUUAUUUUUUCCAUUUACACAUACGGAUUGGUCUGUAAAGUAUGAACAAGAUGUACCAUUACAACCAAGAUAUGAAAAAAAUGCACCAGAUAUGUAUAUACCAACAAUGGCAUUUUUAACAUAUGUUGUUAUGGCUGGUUUAUUACUUGGUACACAAGAACGUUUUAGUCCAGAACAACUUGGUAUUGUUGCUAGUUCAGCACUUGCAUGGAGUGUACUUGAACUUGUUAUUCAUACUGUAACAUUAUAUACAAUGAAUCUUGAUACUAGUUUACGAACACUUGAUUUACUUGCAUAUUGUGGUUAUAAAUAUGUUGGAAUUAAUGCUGCGUUAUUGUUGUCACUUUUACUUGGACGUUUGGGUUAUUAUAUUGUCAUUGGUUAUUUUAGUAUAUCAUUAGCAUUUUUCUUAAUUCGAUCACUUAAAUUACGUGUCAUACCUGAGGGACACUCUACAUACACAGCUAUUGGCAAUAAAAGAAGACUUUAUUUUAUACUUUUUGUUGCUGCAUUACAGUCAGUCUUCAUGUGGUGGCUUUCUUAUCAUCUUGUUGAAUGAGAUUAAUCAUUUUUUCUUUUUCUUUUUUCUUUUUAAUAUAUAUAAUUAAUACUGUGUCAUUUUGAUAGAAUUUUUUUUUUUUUUUCUUUCUCUUGUUUUUGUCAAAUUAUUAUAUUAUUAAUAUUAUUGUGAUUUUUUUUUUUUUUUCAUUCAUGUUUAGGAGAAAAUUUAUAUUCUUAAAAAAAAUUCAAAAUUUUUGUAAUAAAAAUAUUUUAUUAUUUAAGAAUUAUAAUAAUAAACAUUAAAUUAUCAUUGAAAA